UAUAGUAGGGUGGUGUUUUUCACCUUUCUUCCUCCCUUGCAAAAUUAGCCAUCAAUGGCUUCUUCACUCUCUUUCACUUCUCAUCUCGUCAACUUUCCCAUUUCCGAUCCUAAACUAACCAACAGAAACCCCACUUUCCAAUCCCUGAAACUCCCCCUUCCUUCAAUUCACUGCGGUAUUCGUGAACUACGACAAAGAAUCGACACAAUCAAGAACAUCCAAAAAGUUACAGAAGCAAUGAAACUAGUUGCAGCCGCCAAGAUUCGUCGAGCCCAAGAAGCAGUAAUCAGUACUCGACCCUUUGCUGAAACCCUUGUUGAUAUGUUGUACAACUUCACCCAACAGCUUCAAUUGGAAGAUGUAGAUAUACCCUUAACAGAAAUAAGACCAGUAAAGAAAGUUGCCCUUGUUGUUAUUGCAGGUGAAAGAGGUCUUUGUGGAGGUUUUAACAAUGGGAUUUUCAAGAAAGCAGAGGCCCGGAUGGCGGAAUUGACAAAUCUUGGAAUUGGGUAUACUUUGGUAAGUGUUGGCAAGAAGAGUAAUGCUUAUUUUCGUCGUAAGAAAGGGGAAUUUGUUGAUAGAUUUGUUGAAGGUGAGAGUUUUCCGACUGCUAAAGAGGCUCAGGUUAUAGCUGAUGAUGUUUUUUCUUUGUUUAUUAGUGAAGAAGUUGAUAAAGUAGAGCUUUUGUAUACUAAAUUUGUUUCGUUGAUUAAAUCUGAUCCGGUGAUUCAUACUUUGCUCCCAUUAACGUCGAAAGGAGAGGUUUUUGAUGUGAAUGGGAGAAGUGUUGAUGUAGAUGAAGAUGAGUUUUUUAGGUUGACUACUAAGGGAGGGAAAUUGACUGUGGUGAGGGAUCAUUUGAGGGUGAAAAAGGGGGGAUUUUUGCCUAAUUUAGAGUUUGAGCAAGAUCCUGCUCAGAUUCUUGAUGCAUUGAUGCCUCUAUAUUUGAAUAGCCAGAUUUUGAGGGCACUGCAAGAGUCAUUUGCAAGUGAGCUUGCAGCUAGGAUGAAUGCAAUGAGUAGUGCAACGGAUAAUGCGGUUGAGUUGAGGAGGGACCUUUCUAUUGCUUAUAAUCGGGAAAGGCAGGCGAAGAUCACAGGUGAGAUAUUGGAAAUUGUUGCUGGAGCAGAUGCACUUACAUAGCUGCGUCGAUUCUGGUAUUUGGAUUCUCAUUGUUUCGUAAUUUGGAUAUCCUUUAAUGUGUUCCAUUGACUCCUUUUGAAAAUUGUUGGAGGUUUAUAAUCAGAGAAGUUUCAACUUCAGGAUUCUGUUGAAUCACAAAAUGAGAUGAAUUUCUUUUGUGAUGCAUCAUGAAGCAUCUUGUCUCCCUUUAACCGCCCUGAAUGACUCGUUUCUCAAUUGAGAGGUGUAGGUGUAGGCAUGAAUGUCAGAGAAGUUAGUGUAGGAGUUGCACAAGAGCAGUAUAUUUUACUGGCUGUAGACUUAGAUACUGAAAUUUCUUUAUGCAAGGACUUGAUGAUCAAGAGUUGUUGAGGAGAUAGUUUCCGAAGAGUUUGUUUUCUAGUACCAGAGUUUAGCACAUGAUCUUGUGGAUUCAGAUAUUCAGGAUCAAUAAAAUUCCGCUUAUAUUGUUAUCAGUGGAACGGUAUCUCAUUCCUUUUGAGUCUUGAGCACUUUAAGUUGAUAAUCCUACUUUCCAUGAUGUAACAGACCAUGUUUCUAACUGUUGGCUUAUUCGUUAUA